AGCUGAUUUCAUUUUGUAAACAAUGCGAGUGAAAUAUUUUAAAAGUGCUGUUUCUAAAUUUAUUUUGUUAUCAAGUAUCGGUAGUGCUGGCUUUUAUUUAGGUCGUAAAUCUGUAGAAAAUCGUGAGCUAAAGAAUAUUUUUUGCGAUGAAAAGAUAAAUUUGAAGAGUAAACCAGGACUUCCUGUGUUUAGCACAGUGUCUGCAGCAGCUUUAAUACCCAGAAAUGAAUUUUCGGAUAAACCAACAAUAGUUUCUCAAGAAAGUCGUGUUUCUCAAAUUAUGAGAUUUGGCUUUCCUUCCUUAGAUAAUGUGAGAUCUUUUGAUGACUUCAUUCUAAGUUAUGACAAAAGAACGAGAACAGCAAACUGGGUAUUUGAACAUUUAACGCCAGAUCAUGUGAAACAUAAUGAUGACGUUGAUAGAAGCAAAUGUGACUUUAAAGUUGAUGAAUCUAUUCAUCCCUUCUUUCGAGCAGAAAAUUCUGACUAUAAAAAAUCGGGUUAUGAUCGGGGACAUCUUGCAGCAGCUGGAAAUCAUAAAAGACACCAAAAACAUAUGGAACAGACUUUCUAUCUCUCCAAUAUGUCUCCUCAAGUCGGCAAGGGAUUUAAUCGUGACUCAUGGAAUCGUCUGGAGCGAUACGUAAGAAAGCUGACAAAACUUUAUCCCAAUGUUUACGUUUGCACUGGUCCUUUGUAUCUUCCGCGAAAAGAAGCUGAUGGUAAACUUUACGUGAAAUACGAAGUUAUCGGUGACAAGAAUGUUGCUGUACCAACUCAUUUCUUUAAAGUUGUCGUCGGUGAAAGUGCCGAUGGAAAACUCGUGAUGGAGUCUUACGUCAUGCCAAAUCAAGUCAUUUCUGAUGACACGCCACUUGACAAUUUCAAAGUUCCUCCAGAGAGCAUUGAAAGAGCGGCUGGUCUUUUAUUUUUUGACAAAGUCAAUAGAAAAUUUCUGAAAGCAAUAAAUGGAAAAAAUGUUUAAUAAGUUUUAAAUAAAAUUUUAAUUGAUAGAACAAGAGUUCAAUGAUUUUAUAAUUAUGAUUUCGCAU